AUGAACGUAGCACGACGCUUUGGAGCGAGGCUGGUCCAACGCCUGGGUUGCAGAUGGCUGGCAACGGAGGCAACCGCGUCACCUAAGAGUGCUGCUGGUGCUGCUUCUGGUAGUGGUGCUGUUGGAAAGUUGUCGGAUCUGCUGCCGCCUUUGCGGGUGGCCGUCACCGGUGCUGCCGGACAAAUCGGCUACCAACUUGUAACCCGCAUCGCUUCGGGAGAAAUGUUGGGAAAGAAUCAGCCGAUACAUCUCAGCUGCAUUGAGACGCCACAAGGCAUGAAGGCGCUUCGUGGCGUCGUUAUGGAACUGGAGGAUUGUGCGUUUCCGCUGCUAAAGAGCGUCAGUGCGACAGACCAGGUGGAUAAGGGCUUUGCGGAUGCAGACUUUGCGAUUCUGGUCGGUGCAAAGCCUCGAGGGCCUGGCAUGGAGCGCCGCGAUCUGCUGGCCUCUAACGCGCAGAUAUUUGCUGAACAAGGUCGGGCACUGAACAAGGUAGCGUCGCGUGAGGUCCGAGUCCUCGUCGUCGGGAACCCCGCGAACACCAACGCGCUGGUGGCGGCAGCAAACGCUCCGGAUAUUUGGGCAGAGCAGAUUACCGCGAUGAGCCGCCUCGAUCAGAAUCGCGCUAUCACGCAGCUUGCGCUGAAGAUGCACUGUGAUGUCGCCGAGGUGGAGCGUGUCAUCAUCUGGGGUAAUCACUCGACGACGCAGUACCCAGAUCUGUCACAUGCCCUGGUACGCGGCGAAUGGAUCCGUCCACGCAUCGAUGAAGACUGGUACAGAAACGAGUUCAUCCCUCGGAUUCAGAAACGCGGUGCGGAGGUGAUUGAGGCUCGUGGUGCCAGUUCAGCCGCAUCUGCGGCUAAUGGAGCAAUCGAUCAUAUGCGGGAUCUGUGGCUCGGCGCUGGUAAUAAGUGGCUGUCUAUGUCGGUGCCAAGUGAUGGCUCGUAUGGAAUCGAUGCAUGUCUCUGGUAUUCCGUGCCCUGCCUCUGCCCUGGUGCACAUUUUCGUCGUAUCUUGGAGCUCCCGGUCGACGAGUUCAGUGCCAGCAUGAUGGAGCGCACACGAAAAGAACUUAUUGAAGAGCGGGACGCGGUCAGACAUUUAUUGCCAAGAGACUACGAGCGGAUCAUAAGCAUGUCGAAUCCCCUUGCUCGCAGCCAACAGCCCAAGCAGUCUGCAUCGAUUCCGGUUGCUGAUUCCGCCAGCAAUGACACACAAGCGAGCAUGAAAGCUGUAGGAUCCGGCAAGAGAAAAUAA